AUGUUUAAAAUAUCUUCAAAUUUACUAAGAAGUUUAUAUUUAUUUACAUUUAUAAUACUUCUAACAUAUCAAUGUCCAGAUAUUUUAGAAAACGUCUGUCAAUGUGUUGAUACUCCAAUUGGAUUAGAAUUAAAUUGUUCUGAUAAUGAUGGUAAUCUUGUAGUAGAACUACUUAAAACAAAUAAAAGAAAUUUGGGUCUUAUAAAAAAAUUAAUAUUACGUAAUGGAAGAUUAACACAUAUAAGUAACAAUUUUUUUGAAAAUUUAUAUAUAAAAGAAUUAGAUCUUUCAAAUAAUGAAAUAGUACAAAUUGAGAAAAAUGCUUUUAAAAAUAUGACGUCGUUGUUAGAAGAAUUGUUUUUAGAUAAUAACAAACUACAAUUUAUUCCAUCAUUAGCAUUAACUCCUUUAGGAAAUUCAUUAAAAAAAUUGUCUAUUAGUAACAAUUCAAUUUCAAAAAUUGAAGAGGGAGAUAUGUUGCCAUUGUUAAUAAAAUUAGUUGACUUAAAUUUAUCUAACAAUAACAUUGAUAACAUUCACAAAAAAUUUUUUGAUAAUGUAAAAGAAACAAUUCAAACUAUUAAUUUUGGUUAUAAUAGUUUUAAAUCUAUUCCAGCAUCAGCUAUAAGAGGAUUUAAACAACUAGUUUCAUUACAUUUUCAUAAAAAUCAAAUAAUACAAUUAGAAUCAUUAUCAUUUAUGAAUCUUCCAACAAUGAAUUUAUUAAAUCUUGCUUCAAAUCAAAUUAAUACAAUUCAUAAACAAACAUUUUUAAAUGUUCCUGCUUUAAGAUAUUUAUAUUUAUCAAAUAAUUACAUAGAACAAAUUCCUCCAUAUCUAUUUUCAUCAUUUACAGAAUUAGAGAUGAUUGAUUUAAGUUCUAAUAAAAUUAACAUUUUAACAAAAAAUAGUUUUUCACAUUUACAAAAUUUACAUCAAUUAUAUUUGGGUGAAAAUGAGAUUAUAGAUAUUGAAAAUGGUUCAUUUACAAAUAGUAGUUUAGUUAUAUUAAUAUUGGAAUCAAAUAAAUUAACAAAUAUUAAAGCUGAUAUGUUUGAAGGUGCUACUAAAUUACAACAAUUAUCAUUAAAAAAUAACAAAAUAAAUAAUAUUGAAUCAAAUGCAUUUCAAACAACACCAAGUUUAGUUAUGAUAGAUUUAAGUCGCAAUAAAUUAAUUGACAUUCCACCAACAACAUUUUUAAACCAAAAUAAUAUUUUAUUAUUGGAUCUUUCUGGUAAUCAAAUAAUCAGAACACCAUAUGGAGCUUUUAGCAAAAAAGUUGUAACUGUUUUGUUACAAGAAAAUCCAUUAGUUUGUACAGAAAAAAUUCAUAUGUUACAAGAAGGUGUUGGUGUUUAUAUACCAAAUAGUGAUAAUAAAAUUUGUAAAAAAGAAGAAUCUAUUAUAAAACCAAUUUCUGAAUAUCCAAUAACAAUUGAUUCAACAACAUUAAAAAAUUCUUUACUUAAUGAAUCAAAAAAAAAUUUACCAAAAGAAAAAAUUGAUAAUAAAGAAAUUUUAAAAAAUGUUAAUAUUAAUAAUAAUUUUGAACAAGAUUUAAUACCAGUUAUUGAAAUUGAUCGUGAAACUUCUGAUGUUGAUGAAAAAGGUGGAAAUUUAGAAGACACAUUAACAUUAGCAAAUCUUCCAUUGAUGAAUAAUCAGGAAGAAAUAGAAGGAAAUAGAGGAACACCAAUUGAUACUAUUGAUUCUUUAUCAAAAAUUGUUACGGUAGAUAAUUAUAUGAACGCAAAUAAACGUACCAAUAUUAAUCCUUUAAAAUAUAUGCCUGCAGUACUACCAUCAUCAACAACACGACGUCCAUUAUUACAACAAACUAUCUCUCCUGAAAAUAAUUUACCUUAUAUUAAUUUUUCAUCACCACCACCAAAUUUAAACUUUACCGACAAACCAAAUGUUAUUUAUCCUUUUCCUGUACCAUUUUUAAAAUCAGGUCCAAAGAUGAGUCAAUCUUAUGCAUCUGGUAAUGCUCCAAUUCCAACAUAUACAUUACCACCAAAUAUAAAAAUAACAGAUGAGGAAAAUGAGGUAAAAGAAUCUAUUAAUAAUAAUAUAUCAAAUAACUUUGAACGUAUUGAAUUAGGUGGUAAAAAAGAUAAUAGUAUAAAAAUAAAUCAUGAAAAAAAAGAGGGUGAAGAACAACUUAAUUUAUCAGGAUAUAAUAAUUCACAAUUUUUUAAUCAUAUAACAAUAAUAACAAUAUGCCUUACAACUGUUGUUUUAGUUAUGAUGUCUGUAUUUGUUGGAUUAUGUAUUGCAAAAUAUCACCAAAAAUCAAAAAAUAAUUAUUUUUCACAUGCUAAUGAUGGAACAAUAUCUGACUCAACAAGAAGUGCUAUAUGCCAUCCAGCAAUUCAAUCAUCUAAUUUAGAAGCUAUUUAUGGAACAUUAUCAAUGAAUAGAAAUGCUUUUACAACAUUAAAUCGUAGAGAAUUACAACAAUCAAAUGAAAUGGCUUGGAUGUAUAACUCGGGUAGUUAUGGAAGAUAUUACAAAUAA